AUGGAGUCUGUGACAGUCCCUGUACUAGUUGGUGGGUUUAUUGAUUGUAUAGCCCAAUUAAUAAGAAUAGCUGAAGAGCUUUUACAAUUGAUGUCACAAGAACAAGUUCCUUGUGCAGAACAGGUUGGAGCAGAUGCAUCUCCUCCUGAGGAAGCUUCACUACCAGACCUUGCUGAUACCAUAGACUUAGAAUCAGUACUUGCGCCAAUAGAGGAUGAAGACCUACUCUUUGAUGUAGAUGAAAUUAUGUUAGAGAUAGGUGAUGAGUAUGAAGAUAUACUCUCUGGCAUAAAUGAUGACUUAGGUAACUAA